CGACACCUGAUAAAAUAGACGACAUUUUUGUUUUUCAUCGGGGGAAAAAGAAAACAACAACAACAAAAAUUACUCUCGAUGCGAAACGGCAACAAAGAAAAUGGCCGACUCGGCUCAUCGGCUCGGUGAUAACGCGAGUCACGGGGGCCGAUCACAUGACGUUGAAAAAUUCCCGCCCGUAAAUUCGAACGGUUCUUCGCGGCGCCGAAAAUCCCACGCAUUCCCUGAAUACGAACGAAAUUGACAAAAAAUUGAACCAAAUAAAAUUUGCAAUGAUUUCGCGCUCGGCUUAUCUUCGACGUGUGAAUGCGGCUAUCGAAUAUACGUGCACGCGGGAAAAACGAGCCGUGCACAGCGGCGAGCGAGGGCCUCGUAAAUUAUGUUUCAUAUUUUGAGCAGGAUCCUCUACCGCCGCUGUCGUGGACCGGUAUCAGGGAGGCGGUAAAUUUCGGUAAUUCUUGCGGACAAUUCGACGUGGCGACGAGAAAAAUAAUCGGCGGCGACGACUGUCUUUAUCUGAACAUCUACGCGCCCCUCCCUGAGGAGGGUUUGCCGAGGCGGUCCGAUUUGCCGGUCAUGGUUUGGAUCCACGGCGGAGGUUUCGUGAUGGGAUCGGGGGAUGAUUUUCUGUUCGGACCCGACUAUCUGGUCAAAAAGAACGUGAUCGUCGUGUCGAUUAACUACAGACUCGGCGUUCUCGGUUUUCUGAACUUGGAGCACAAAGUGGCCCCCGGAAAUCAGGGAUUGAAGGAUCAGAUAAUGGCGUUGAGGUGGAUCAGGGAGCACGUCCAAGUUUUCGGCGGAGAGAAAAGCAACGUGACAAUAUUCGGAGAGAGCGCCGGGGCGGCGAGCGUACAUUACUUGACGUUGUCGCCGUUAGCGCAAGGACUUUUUCACAAAGCGAUCGCCCAAAGUUCCAGUGGAUUCUGUCCGUGGGCCAGCAAAUUGUCCAACCCGAAACGCGACGCGAUGAGGCUCCUCGAAUACCUCAAAAUAAAUUCAACGAACGAGCGAGAAAUCGUGGACCGUUUGAAAACCGUCGAAUGUUCGAAGCUUAUCGAAGCCCAGACGAAAAUUCAAACUCCCCAGGAAAAAAUCAGUUGCGUAUGGCUGUUCGGACCGGGCAACGACGACGCGGCGGACGUACCGUUUCUCCCAAAAUUUUCCGAAUCUAUAAAAAAUGGCGUCGUCAAAGUGCCUCUUAUUUUGGGCUACAACAACGGCGAGGGGAUCAUUUUCUCAAAAACUUUGAAUUCGAAGUCUUGCGAAGCGAUGAACGAGGACUUCGAAUACCUCGUGCACCCGAAAAUUUCGGAUGACAUGAAACGAGGGAGAGGAAUAACCGCGGCCGAUUUAAAACUCGCCUACUUCGGAGACGGACCUUUGCAUCCGGAAAGGAGCAUGCGAAAUUUCGUGAACUUCAUGAGCGAUAUGCAAUUUACGAACGCGAUAUACGAGCUGGCUAAAAGGCAGGUGAAAAAGGGGAGAGAAAAAACUUGGCUCUACAGAUUUUCGUUCGACAAGGGAAUGUCAUUUUUGAAAUUGGUACUGAACGCCACGCAUCUUCCCGGCGCGUGUCACGCCGACGAAUUGGCGUAUCUGUUUUAUCCCCAUGGAUUGGUUGACCUCGGUUUUUUGCCACCGGAAAAAGGAUCCAAGGAACGUAUUUUGAUAGAAAGGAUCACCGGGAUGUGGACCGAUUUCGCCAAGAUCGGAAAUCCGACGCCGGGAGAGAGUGAAUUCGUGAAAAUUAAUUGGGAACCGAUAAAAUCGGUCGACGAACUGAACUGCAUGGAAAUCGACGAAGAGCUCGGUACAUCGAUAAAUCCAGAUUUGGAGAGGCUUUUGAUCUGGAAUAGAUUGCCCAAUAAAUUAUGACCGUAAAAGAGAAAAGACAAACUAAGUUUUCCGUUAGCAAAAUUGUAUUAGCAAAACCACGAAUGGAUACAGAUUGUAAUUGUAGGUGUCCAUAAUUUUCUAUCUUCGGAAAUAUAUGUUUUUUUUUUUCCAAAUA